UCCUGCAAAAAAAAUGAAAAAUAGUGAGAGAAAAGGGGUAGAGAGAACCUAGAGAGAGGAGGAAGAAUGAACGGCCGGAAGACUCACCGAAAACUACCGUCGAAGUCUACUCCGGUCAAGAUCAUGAUGCAAGGAGCCUUUUUUGGAAGGGAAAAGAGAAUGUGGGUGGCCGGAGUCCCAUUUUCCAUCGAGAAAUCAGAAAAACCCGCGAGGAUCUUUGAAGAAGUUUGGCCGAGACUUCAACCCAAAGGCGGAGAUCCGAGAGUCGUCCGAGAACGGUGCCAGUCGAGGUGGAGGAGCGUUGGAGAGCUGUGCGGCCACAGAGGGGGUCGUUUCGGAGCGUCAGUCCCUUUUCGGUCUUUUGGAGUUUUUUGCGAAUUCCUUUUAUAUUUGUAUUUUAUUCCCUUUUUCCUCGAAAAUUGGAUCGUGACAACCACUAUGUACACAUGCUCGAUAUCCAAUGUUUUGGUUCUUGGUCAUUUAGUUGGCCAAGAUUUCAGUUUUCAAGAUCAUGAACUGGUUUUUCAUGUUUUGGGUCAGAUCUUCGACGGCGUCGAUGAUAAGCGGUUUUCUCAGCCCAAAGAAACGAAGAUCUACCGACAACACAUUUCUCGAAUUGACGGUUACCCCAUAUGCCCCACUCUGUUGAAUCCUCAUCAGAGCACUGCAAUUCCCAUCACUGGAAAGUAA